AUGGCCAAGCAGCCCCCCGAGGCGAAGGCGCAGCGCGGCCGCCAGGCUGGGCGGCUGCCGCCGGCCGAGGGGCCGGGCCCGGCGGCGCAGCUGAGGCCCGGAGCCCCCGCCGCCCUGCCCGGCCUCCCCGCAGCCGCCUCGUCCUCCUCCUCGCCGUCGUCGUCGGCCGCCGCCCGGCCCGUCUCGCCCGGCAGCCCGCCGCGGGCGCAGCCGCCGCCCGCCAGCCCCGGCCCGUUCGCCACCCGCUCGCCGCUCUUCAUCUUCGUGCGGAGGUCGCCGCUGCUGUCGCGCUCCUCCAGCGGCUACUUCUCCUUCGAGGCCGAGCGCAGCCCCGCGCCCAUGAGCUGCGACAAGGCCACGCAGACCCCCAGCCCGCCCUGCCAGGCCGUCAGCCACUACCUGAGCGCCAUGGCUUCCAGGUGGCGGUCUCACUUGCUAGCAGAAGAAAUACAGCCAGAAAUAUGGAUUGCACAGGAGCUGCGGCGCAUUGGAGAUGAAUUCAAUGCCUCCUAUUGUCCGAGAAGGGGUUUCUUGGAUAACCAUGUUGGAAACCCCCAGAUCGUUAUUCUGCGCCUCCUGCAUUAUAUCAUCCGCCUCAUCUGGAGGAUGCAGUGACGCCAUGCGGCGCGGGGCGCUGGGACUUGAUGACUUCUUCCAAAAAAACCAUGAAGAAGAGCUGGUGCCAGAGCCUGGCACUUCGAAGCCGCCCUCCCUGCCGGGACGCACGAUGGCUGGAUGAGGGUGAAUUUCCCACACGGACCUGCCAGGACUCCCCAAAGCCGGAUUUUAUCUGAGAGUGGUGUUUACUGUGUUUCUCUCAA